AUCUCAACUCCAAACUCUCCUCUCCCACAAAUUUCCAGUCUUCCACUCAUAGUCUCACACUCUCACUCCCACCAUGGCCGAUCAACCCACCACCACCCAACCUCUCAAAUUCAUCACCGGCGCCGACCCCAACGGCUGCACCCUCAAAGACGCCCUCGUCUCCCACCUCCGAUCCCUCAACUACCAAGUCGAAGACCUCGGCGUUGGCCCUUACUACUCAAUCGGCGAGCAAAUCGGCCGGAAAGUCGCCGCCGGCGGAGACACCACCCGCGGCCUCGUCGCUUGCGGCACCGGCGUCGGUGUCCAGAUCUUCGCCAACAAAAUCCCGGGAGUUUACGCCGCCGCUUGUCUGACAGCCGAUGAAGCCAAGAACACCCGGUCCAUCAACAACGCCAAUGUCCUCGCUGUAUCCGGCAUGUCAACUCCACCCGACACCGCCAUCGAAAUCGUUGACACCUUCAUUAACACCCCUUUUAAGUCCCCCUGCCCUGCUUCCGGCAACAAGGAAUGGGACCCUGAAGUGGAGGACUUCCUGAAUAAAUCUGUUCCAGAGAUGGCGAAGAUUGGAAAGUCGGAACCCGAAUCAGAAGGGGAGUGUCCCAUUUGCUGCCUGGCGAAGAACAGGGAGUUUGUGCCAGUGGAGAUAAUGCCUGGUGGGAUGAUGAAGAUAGUGAGGGAAAGUCCGACGGCCGCGAUCAUUCGGUUCGAGGCCGGGAGUGUGGAGCCUGCUCAUCAUCAUAGCUUUGGGCAUGACUUGUUUGUGAUAAAAGGGAAGAAAACUGUGUGGAAUUUGAGUAAGAAGGAGAAGUAUGAUCUGAGUGAUGGAGAUUAUUUGUAUACACCAGCUGGGGAUAUUCAUAGGGUCAAGUAUUUGGAAGAUACUGAGUUUUUUCUCAAGUGGGAUGGUCCUUGGGAUAUUGUUUUGGAUGAGGAUCUUGAAUCUGCUAAGGCUGCUAUUGCUAAGGAGGAUUCCUGAUGUCGUAAAUACUGCAUUUUCAUUUGCCGUGGAGUUGCUGAUGUUGUGGUUCUGAUUCUGUAUUAUCUUCAACUUUGUUGAAUAAGAAUACCUGCUUGUUAUAUUAUUGUUAUGUGUUA